AGAAAUGGAAUGUCUGCUCUGUCGCUUCAGCUUGACAUAAUGAGGUGAGGUGAUGAGAAAGGCGGGAGAGGUGGAUUUGAAGAAAUAUUUGACAUUGCCCCUAUCUCUCCAACGUCUGCAAGUUGAAUGCUUUAGAAGAGGAGCAGGCUUCAGUGUUCAGUGUUGGUAUUCCAUACUUCUUGUGCGCGCUGCAGGAGCCAUAGCUGGCCAACCCAUCGCGAUUAGCUCCGAGAUGGUGGUUUCGGAUUUGUCAUCUAUCCAUGUUCCCAACAAGGACGCAGUCAUGAGAGACGACGCUCCUUGUGAUUGCGCUGGUUGCACUAGAGAAGGAGAGACGGCUUGUGGCCUCGUGGCCAAGGCUUUAGAGCUGAACGGCUUCCCGAGGGACCUGUUGCCUGCUCAGCACAUAACACAUUGCUACGGCGACGCCACUGGCCCUUUCCGCAUAUUCUUGAGUCAAACCGUUGAGAAGGAGAUAUGCGGGUACCCCAUCCGCUUCGAAGCGAAAAUUAGUGGGACCAUUGAGAACGGUUGGAUUCGAAAGCUGCAGGGGAUUCGUGUCAGGCCUUUGAUUACGUGGAAGGCGGUGGAUACGAUACAAACAGGGCCAUCCUGUAAUGGGAGAAUUUAUUUCUACGUGGGCUAUCUCUUCAGAAGUUUUCUAGCCACCGAAUUUGAGGGAAUUUGGUCUGUUGAGGAUGAAGACAAGGACAUGGAUGAUGAGGAGUGCUGUACCAAUGGGGAUUGAAAUUCCUGGCAAAUGCUUAUUUAUGUCCAUACUGCAGGAGAACAUUUGUAGCUUUGCUAGUCCCUCACUUCUUUGCUACAAAUGUUCUCAUGUUCCAUGUGCUAAGUGGUAAACGCUAGACAUGC